CAAAAGGCACACAGAACACAAUAUCUUUUCCACUCCCCAAUUCCACCAUGGAGAAAGUUUUUUCUGGAUAUGCACUGUUCUUUGUGUUGUUUCUUACUGGUUCAACAAUAGGAGGAUGCUUCCCUACUGUUGAGGAAGUUCAAAAGAAUUGGAGAGCAUUGAUGGCCCCCAUACUUCAUGCAAACUUAUCUAAAUCGAGUCAUGAAUCAAAUCAAUCUAGCGCAAAAUAUCUUGCAGUACAUGGAUGGAUUCCUCCAGACGACGGUGCUACUGAGUAUUAUGGAUUAGAGGCCACUAUGGAUGUUUAUGGCUUUAAUCUAGAGCACGGGCAACAGACCGGAGGUUUCAUAUGGAUUUAUAAUUCAGAUGAAACACCAGCUGCAAAUGUAAUUCAUGCUGGAUGGAAUGUCGAUCCUGAAUCAUACAACGAUUCACAGACGCACUUCACUACAAGUUGGUUUGUUGAAGAAUCCAAGAAAGGUUGUUUAGAUAUGCGCUGUCCUGGAUUCCAAAGGACAGGUGGCUCGCACCCAUUCGUUCCUGGACAGGUGAUUAACCCUGUUUCCAGCAACUCUAGCAGGAAACAAUACAUUACUGUCAGAGUAUCCAAGGAUCAAAACUCUGGUGACUGGGAAAUCUACUUUGGUUUUGAUGGGAAGGCCAAGGUUAUAGGAUACUAUCCGAGAUCUCUCUUUACAUCCUUGUCAAAUAAGCCAGUGAACAUUGUGUUUGGGGGCUUUGCCUUAUGGAAAGAACAUAAACCGAGUCCUCCGAUGGGCAGUGGGAUUGCUCCACCCAAAAAUGCUGCAUCAUUUAGUAAUCUCAAAUUCUUUGAUGCAGCUGGCAACGCCCAUCCAAUUGACCAUGAUCUAGCACACGUAUCAGAUUGUUACCCUGUCACUGAUGUUAGAGAUGGCAUGUUCUCUUAUGGGGGACCUGGCAAUGUUUGCUAGUUUGUAAUUGAGCUUCAAUUAAUCUAUUGUAAUUGAGCUUGGAUGAAGUUAAGCUUGACUCUA